CGUCUAACCUCGUGACUCACUUCCCCCUUCCCCCUUCCCCCUUCCCCUUCCCGCUCGAACAAUAAAAACCAAACAGACCCAACUCAAAAUAAUUCUCCCUCCCCUUCGCCGCCCUCACUUCCUCCUCCGUUUCCGCCGUCUCUCUAUCUAAACAACGAACCACCUUCCUUCAGAUUGCGAAACAUCGUUUCCUCUCAUUGAAGAACUGAUAAUAAAAAAAUUCAGACGUCAGAGAGAAACAGAGGAUAACGUCUGAUCGAACUGAUCGAUGGAUCGAUGCUGAGGUUGAGGUGUAGUGGAUGAGAGAUUUGGAGAAACGGAACGGAGAUGAUGAGUUUCAACGGUGUAUUCAGGAUUUCAGCACUGCUGUUUGUGUUAGUGUUUGCGACGGCGGUUGUUGAUGAAUCAGUAGCGGAGUAUACGAAGAUGAAAACGAAAACGUCGAAGCAUAGAAACGCUUAUGCAUCGAUGAUGUAUAUGGGAACGCCUAGGGAUUAUGAGUUCUAUGUAGCGACGAGAGUGUUGAUUAGAUCGCUUGUGAAGCUUAACGUUGAUGCUGAUCUCGUCGUCAUUGCGUCUCGCGAUGUGCCCGUCCGUUGGGUUCGUGCUCUGGAAGAAGAAGAUGGAGCAAAAGUGGUGAGUGUUGAUAACGUAAACAACCCAUAUAGGAACCAAUCCAACUUCGAUAGAAGGUUCAAGCUAACAUUGAACAAACUAUACGCAUGGAGCUUAACAGAUUACGACAGAGUAGUGAUGUUAGAUGCCGACAACCUCUUUCUCCAAAAGACUGACGAGCUCUUCCAAUGCGGUCAGUUUUGUGCAGUCUUCAUCAACCCUUGUGUCUUCCACACCGGCCUUUUCGUUCUUCAGCCAUCAAAGAGGGUAUUUGAUGACAUGAUGAAUGAGGUGAGAGUAGGAAGAGACAACCCAGAUGGUGCAGAUCAAGGGUUCAUUGGGAGCUACUUCCCUGAUUUGCUCAACCAGCCUAUGUUCUAUCCUCCUUCUAAUAGCUCAAUUCUUGAUGGCAACUUUAGACUCCCCUUGGGCUACCAAAUGGAUGCUACUUACUAUUACUUAAGAUUGCGAUGGAGCAUUCCUUGUGGUCCAAAUAGUGUGAUAACGUUUCCAGGGGCACCAUGGUUGAAGCCAUGGUAUUGGUGGUCAUGGCCUAUACUACCUCUCGGCCUCCAGUGGCAUGAACAACGUCGCCACACUCUCGGGUAUGGAGCAGAAAUGCCAUUAGUUCUAAUCCAAAUCCUACUCUACUUAGGCAUUCUCGCCAUGAUCCGUCUCGCCCGCCCUAAUCUCACAAAACUCUCUCACCGUCGAUCAGAAAAACCCACCGCCUCCUUCCACUCCGCUUUAAAACUCGGCGCCUUCUGGUCCAUCCUCGCCGCCUACGUCCUUCCCUUCUUCAUUAUCCCCACCACCAUCCACCCUCUCCUCGGCUGGGGCCUCUACUUACUCGGCUCCUCCACCUUCUCCUUCCUCGCCUCCACUGUCUUCCUCCUCCCUCUCCUCCCCCUCCUCCUCCCCUCCAUCGGAAUCCUCGGCGCCCUUCUCGUCAUGGCCUUCCCCUUCUACUCUGACGGCGUCGUCCGUGGACUCUUCAUCUUCCUCUACGCCUUCUGCGCCGCGCCGGUUGUUUGGUCGGCUGCGGUGAGGACGGCGGCGGCGAUUCAGUCGUCGGCGUCCUUCGUAGUGAAAUCCGGUGAGACUUUGCCGUCUUCUAGGUUUAAUAAAUGGUGUUGAGGGUUUUUUUUUCUUUUUUUCUUUUUUUCUUUUAAAUAUUUAUUUUUGGGGGAUAGAAUUGGAAAUUGGAAAUUGGAAAAGGUUUGGUUUGGUGUAAGAAAAGUUGGUGUUAAUACUUAAUUUUUAUACAGGGAAAGAGAGUAAUAUAUAGUUUUUUGUUUCGCUUUUA